AUGUCUCCCCCUCAGCAGAUCCAAGACCUGCUCGACAAGCCUAAGAACGAGCUUACUGAGUAUGAGGUAUCUCUAAUCGAAGAAUACGAGCUCAGCUCCGGACCCCUCUCCCUGCUAGAGACUGCAGCACGCAACAACCUCGCCGUCUUGGUUUCCACCCGCCAGGACCGCAAAAUCCACGGUCGCGUCAAGGCUUUCGACCGACACUGCAACCUGGUUAUGGAGAGCUGCAAGGAGAUCUGGACGGAGAAGUCCAAAGGACCCCAGAGCCGUGGUGUGAACAAGGAACGCUAUAUUAGCAAAUUGUAG